GCGUUCAUGGAGCUCAGAGGGAGCGCGCGUGCACGCAGACUUGUAGGGCGCAUGUGUGGGGCUUGUUAUUUCCUUGUGUUCGAAUCGCUUUAGUUUCGAUUUAGACCCGAGUGAAUUUUGUGUCGUUUUUGUUGUAUAACAAAUAUAUCAGACACACAUUUUCUUCAGUAAAGUUCACCGGAAGGACAAGACAUGAAGGGAGUUGUUUGGCUCGUGUUCGUCGUUCUGCCGUGUACUUUAAAGGCCGAAGACAAUGUAACAGUGGCACCUAUGGUACAGCUGUACAGCAAGACCAUCGGACUGUACAACAAGCCCAACACCCUGAUCUGUCACGCGAAAGACUUCUACCCUCCGGAGAUUUCCAUCGAGUUGCUCAAGAACAACGAGGUGAUAUCUGAAGCCAAACAUUCAGAGAUGGCGUUCACAGAUAAGUGGUUGUACCGCGUCACCAGGUUCACGGACUUCACCCCAAAGAGUGGAGACAAAUACAGCUGCAGAGUGACCCACCAGGGACGGGAGAGGACGCACAAAUGGGAACCAGAUGUUUAAACCCAAGGCGGAGCCCAGGUCCAGGUCCAGGCCGAGGUCCAGGUCCAGCUCAGACGACGUCCUCGUCUCUUCUGUGAUCUUCCCUGGAUUUAAUGAACCGUCAACGUGUAAAAACAUUUUAAAACACCCUUUAAUUCAGCUGUGUUUUUUGGCUCCAGUUAGAGUAACUUUUUAAAGUAGAUGCGAACAGAAGGUUGGGGUUUUUAAUUCAAAGUAUUUCAGAUGAUAAAUGUCCUGAAUAAUGAUCACAGCAUUUGAUUCAAUGUACAGUAAGGAAAGCAAGUACUUUGCUGUCCACACUGAAUGCCAAAGAAAUCAAGAAAUAAAAAUAACAGAAUAUACACAGGAAUAAAAUAACAAAAUAUACACAUGAAUCAA